CUUCUCUUCUUGCACUAUAUAACACAACACAGCAUGCUUUCGUUUUACUUGUGCACUACGAGUGAAAGAGAGAGCUAGUUAUUAGCUCUGCUUCCUUCAUUUUGAUCAAGUAGCUUCAUUUUGGGUUAAGCAAAUUAUCAAAUAUGAGGGUCAUUUUAUCAGCUGGUUGUGUUGUAGUUGCUAUCUUAUGUGUUUUUCUUGUGAGUGGUUUGGUUGUGGCGGAUGAUGAUGCUAAGGUGGUUAAGGAUGAUAAGCACUUAUUUCCUCAUCCCCACCCACGUUUUUUUAGGGGAGGAAAGGGGUUUAGGCAUGGAAGGUUUGGUGGCGGUGGAGUUGGUGGAGGCAUUGGCGGUGGCGGUGGUCUUGGUGGAGGCAUUGGCGGUGGGGGUGGUCUUGGCGGAGGUGGAGGUCUAGGAGGUGGUGGUGGGCUUGGAGGUGGAGGAGGUGCAGGUGGUGGGUUAGGAGGUGGCGGUGGUCUAGGUGGGGGUGCAGGAGGUGGGUUAGGAGGUGGUGGUGGUGGUCUAGGUGGAGGUGCAGGAGGUGGUGGUGGUGCUGGGGGUGGCUUAGGAGGAGGAGCUGGAGGUGGUUUAGGUGGAGGAGGAGCUGCAGGUGGUUUAGGUGGAGGAGCUGGAGGUGGCGGUGGUGGAGGAGGCGGAUUUGGUGGAGGAGGUGGUUUUGGUGCUGGUAGUGGGGCUGGCUUUGGCGGUGGAGCUGGAAUCGGAGCUGGCGGUGGCCACUAAUUCAAGUGCAAUCAUGAUAUGAACAUUAGUUUUCUGCUGCAACUUAAUUUAGAGAAAUGAAUUAAUUUCUAGCUAUAUAUUAUUUACUUAUUAUGUUCCCUAUCAUGAAAGUACGUAAUGUGUUAAUAGGAGGGGUAUUAUUAAUUUGCA